AUGGAGGAAGUGAUUUCUAGUGGAGAAGGAAAUCUUGAUUUUCAGGGCUCUUUUGUUGAUAUGGUUAAUAUGAAAAAUCGAGUGAUGGCAAUUCGUCUAAAGUAUCUGCAUUCAGAUGGUGAGCUUCAACACUAUGCUUUGCAAGUUAUGGAGAUGCUUCGCUCAGAUACUUCUGUUGAUGCUCAUGCACUGGCUUGCAUUCUUUACAUCCUCCAAGUUGGUGUAACUGAUCAGAUGACUGAACCUACUCAGAGGGACUUUUUGGUUUUCCUGGGAAAGCAGCUUGAGUCUUCUGAUGCCAGUCCUCCCAUGAAAAUUGCUGCGUUACGUACAUUGUCAUACACUUUGAAAACAUUGGGCGAGCUGUUGUGUUAUGAUGAUCUCUGUCUUGAACUUCUGUGGUUAUAUCCAUCUUCUAAUCAGUCAGAUCAGCAGGUCCCAUUAGAAUUCAAGGAACUCUUUGAUAACACAAUUGUUGCUGCAGUAUCUCAUUCUUCUCAACUUGUACGCAUUGAGGCUGCCUUGGCAUUGCGUGUUUUGGCUGAGGUUGAUCCUACAUGUGUUGGUGGUUUGAUUUCUUAUCUUGUGACCACACUUAGUGCUUUGAGAGACAAUGUUUCAUUUGAAAAGGGAAGCAAUCUGAAAACGGAGCUUGAUACUUUGAAUGGUCAAGCUACGGCUUUGGCUGCUUUGGUUUCUAUUUCGCCAAAACUACCUCUUGGUUAUCCAGCUAGAUUACCAAGAUCAGUGCUGGAACUUUCAAAGAAAAUGCUAACAGAAUCUUCUAGAAAUCCUAUAGCUGCAGCAGUUGAGAAAGAAGCUGGAUGGUUACUUUUGUCCUCGCUAUUAUCUUCAAUGCCAAAGCAGGAGCUUGAAGACCAGGUUUUUGAUAUUCUUUCCCUAUGGGCUACCCUCUUCAGUGGAAAUCCAGAACGUGAAAUUAAACAAAUUGAAGAUUUGGCUUCUAAGAUAUGUGUGUGGUCUGCAGCUGUUGAUGCGCUGACAGCAUUUGUAAGAUGCUUUAUUUCUCCCAAUGUAGCUAGCAAUGGGAUUCUACUUCAACCAGUGAUGGUAUACUUGAGUAGGGAUGCUCCUGGAUGCGAGGAAAGUUCAUGCUUGAGGUCACUGUUGGACAAAAGAGAUGCAUGGUUGGGUCCUUGGAUUCCUGGAAGGGAUUGGUUUGAAGAUGAAGUUCGUGCUUUUCAAGGUGGAAAAGAUGGUCUUAUGCCUUGUGUAUGGGAGAAUCAACCCUCAAGUUUUCCUCUGCCAGAAACAAUAGACAAGACGUUGGUGAACCAGAUGCUUCUUUGCUUUGGAAUCAUGUUUGCUUCUCAAGAUAGUGGAGGGAUGUUGUUGCUUCUUGGAAUGGUUGAGCAAUGUCUAAAAGCUGGAAAAAAGCAAUCAUGGCAUGCAGCCAGUGUUACCAAUAUAUGUGUUGGGUUACUCUCAGGAUUGAAGGCUUUGAUUGCUUUACGUCCUCAACCUUUGGGACCUGAGAUAUUAAAUGCUGCUCACGCAAUUUUUCAGAGUAUUCUGGCAGAGGGGGACAUCUGUGCAUCCCAACGUAGAGCAUCAUCAGAAGGUCUUGGUCUAUUAGCUCGCCUGGGAAAUGAUAUCUUUACUGCCAAAAUGUAUUUCUGCUCUCUUAUGAUGAACUUGAUUGUAAUUGUUGAUGUGGAGAUGCUAUACUUCUUUCAUGGAGGUUAA